UCUCCAUCAUCGCCUCCACCCCCAUUCACCCCCCACUAGCCUUUUCCGGUCGACCUGCUUCAUCAGAUGGGCCAUCUUUUCCUGCUCCUGCUAGCCCUCCUCCUCGCUGCUUCCGCCCACGCUUCCACCCAUGGCCAUGGCAAAGCUGCUUUCACCGAGGUCAGAUAAGAGCAUUGCGGGCAUCAUAGGCGUGAUCGGGUCAAGGCCGCCGAGCUGCGCGGGGAGGUGCAGGUCCUGCGGCCACUGCGAGGCGGUGCAGGUGCCCAUAUCACCGCAGGAGCUGCAGAAGAGGAGGAGGAAGAAGCUCGGCCAUGGCAUCAGGGCGGCUGGCGCCGCCGCCGCCGCUGGUGGAAGAGCGAUGCCGGCCUCCUAUGAUGACCACUCCAACUACAAGCCGCUGAGCUGGAGAUGCAAGUGUGGGCGGCUCAUCUUGGACCCUUGAAACGUUAUGCCCCCAUCAUUUGAAGCAAUCUAGCAAUCAUGUGGAUAUGAUGUAGUAAUAGUAUAGGAUCUCUUGGAGUUGGUGGUGAUUUAUGUUCUCCACGCCCUCGUAUGAUCGAGGUGCUCUCCCUUUUGCAACGCCAUACUGAUUCAUCACUGGAGAAAUCGUGCGCUUCCCUCCCCCUUUGUAAUGGCUGGCUGGUUGCUCUGAUUGUUGUUCUUGCAUCAUGGUGCCACGGGCUAAGCUAGACCGACCGAAUGCGUGGCCAGCUGCAA